UAAAAAAAUAAUUUACAUUAAAUCAUAAGAUAAACAGUUGAAAUAAGAGUUAAUGUUUUACAUCUUUGAAAUCCCCAUUUAAUGAACAUGUUUUUAAGCUAGAUGUAUAACUUUGCCUAGUACGAUUCUUUUUCAGUGUGACCGAAAAGUACAUACACAAAAAAACUUAAAAAAAAAUUAAAAAAUAUUUAUGAUGGAGUCGACCGCAGUUACUCUGUGUGCCUGUAGUUCCAGAGAUUGCCAUACAAACUGACAUCUAAGCUUUACUUUUGAUGAUGUUUUUAGUUGUUAAAUGAAUUGUAAUGAAAUUUUGAUUAUAAAUAUUGUUAAUUUGUGUAUUGAGGUCGAAGACAAUAUAAAUAAUUAUUUAAAUUUGUCAUAAAACGAAUUUUAUAUGUAAAAUUAAAGAUAAUAAUAUGUAAGACCAUACGUUUACGGUAAAGUGUUGCAUGACAAAAAAUUAUAUAUACCUAUGUUUGUAAAUUGAAUGUUACACCAAAGAUUGAGAGAAUGCUGUAAAAUAACAUUGUUUAAACUCAAAAAAAAAUCGAACGUGCUUAUGGGAUGAUUUUUGAAUUUGCAUUGUUGAGUAUCACCACGUAUAAUCUUUUAAUUUAUGUAAUUAAAAGUACGAUUAGGGCGAAGAAAAAAUCCAACUCUAAAAAAUUUCAACUGUUUUUUGUUGUUUAACAAAAAACAGUUUUUUUUCAUAUCAAAUCAAUACAAAUGACUGGAUUAGUAAAUUUAGGCAAGUAGAUUUAAUAAUUAUACAUUUUGAAAAAAAAAGUUGAAAAGUGCAAACUUUUUCUAGUAUUGGAACCUACAUUUUUACCAGUAAUUUUGUAACUACAAAAAGUAGAUAAAAGUUUUAUACCAAUUUAUAAACCUCGGUAAUUGUACAAAUUUUCAAAAUAAUAGUACACUUAAGCCUCAUACAUUUUUUACAGGACAAUAUGUUUAAUUCGGGUCAUCAUUUUUUUCAUUAAGAAAGAAAAAUAACUAUUGCUAAAAUAAUUAUUCAAAGCUUUUUCUACAAAACCAAUAAAACAAUAUUUAUAAAAGUAGUAAUAUAGUACAUUGGUAAUUUAAUCCGCAAUGCUUAACAAAAACCAGAUUUUUAAAAUCUUAGUUACAACAGCUACACAAUUGAAAAAACUGACUCAAGAAAGAAAAAUUUGUAAAAUCCGAAAAAAAUAUAUAACUUGGUCACCCUAGGGAUUUUUGGAAAACUAUUCAGAAUUAAUUUUAGAUAAUUAGUAGUUGUAUCUACCAUUUUCGUAUUAUCCAUUAAUUACGGGAAACCCUGUACAUAUCAACACUGAAAGCAGUCACUUUCAGAUAAUCAUUUAGAAGAAAUACGGAUGAAAAUGUACUUACUAAUAACAUUUAUACUAAUGUAUGGAGUAACACGGGUAAAAAUACGAUUGGAUUUUUCUAUAAAAAUAUUUUAAAUAUGUUGAAUAAAGUAUUUAAAAUAAAUGCAACAGAAUCAUGCAGAAGAUAUAAUAGUGAGAGUGGAGCAAGGCGUGUUGAGAGGAGAACAAAAAGUGACAGUCACAGGAGACACAGUGUACUACAGUUUCAAAGGUAUUCCAUAUGCAGCACCGCCCACUGGCCGCUGGAGAUUUUUGUCUCCUAGGCCUCCACUAUCUUGGACAGGAACACGAAACGCCACUGAACAUGGAAAUGUGUGUCCACAAAUUGACGCUUUUCAAAACAUGCUAUUCGUUGGUAGUGAAGACUGUCUUUUUUUAAAUGUGUAUUCUCCGUGCAUACAUACAGAAUCACCUCUAGCAGUUAUGGUUUAUAUACACGGAGGUGGUUAUGCAUUUGGUUCUGGAAAUGAUGAUUAUUACGGUCCAGAUUUUUUAAUGAAUUCAAAAAAUGUCGUUGUUGUGACAAUGAAUUACAGACUUGACACUCUUGGGUUUCUAUGCUUAGACAUAAAAGAAGUACCAGGGAAUGCAGGUAUGAAGGAUCAAGUAGCAGCAUUGAAGUGGGUUCAAGCAAAUAUAAUAAAAUUUGGUGGCGAUCCAAAGAAGGUAACCAUUAUUGGAGAGAGCGCUGGAGCUGCUUCUUGUACUCUACACGCAGUGUCCCCUUUAAGUCGAGGACUAUUUCAUCGAGUUAUAGCAAUGAGUGCAGUACCACUAAGUGAAUUUAAUACUGAAUUUGAACAAAUACGUAGAGCUUAUAUAUUAGGAGACAAUCUAGGCUUCAAAACCACGAAUCCUAAAGCAUUAUUAAGAUAUCUCCAGACUGUUCCUGUAAGACAAUUACUAAAUACAAAUACAUCGGUCAUAGCAGCCGAAAAUUAUAUAGAUUUUAUAGUGAAAGCGUAUUAUUUUGUACCAGUUGUGGAGAAAGAAUUUGGUCAAAAACAGUUUUUAAAAGAACCGAUUUUGGUUUCGGUUAAGAAAGGACUACAUAAGGCAGAAACUUUAGUAGGAUACACCUCAAAAGAAGGACUUUUCGGUAUAUCAUUUAUUGAGAACGGACAAACAUUCAAAAAUUAUAAAAGAAACCCUGAAGUUUUGGUGCCCAGAAAUAUAUUUUACAAAUCUACACCACGGAUGCAUAUGCAACUUGCAGAUUUGAUUAAGGAAUUUUACACUGGAUCGCGACUAACGCCGUUGGAUACGGUGCAGCAACUUGUGAACUACUUUACGGAUGUUUUUACUUAUCCUAUAUUUAGAUACGCAAGACGUCUAUCAAAUUUCAACAGAAACGAUAACAUAUACAUGUAUCAGUUUGCAAGUGUAUCAAACCGUAAUGUUUUAAGCCAAGAAGGUGUUCGAUAUGGAUUACAUGGAGUCGCUCACACUGAUGAUCUACAGUAUUUGUUUCACGCAAAUGCUUUAAAUUUACCGAUCGACAAGAACUCAUCUAAAUUGAUACAGCAGUUUAUUGCCUUGCUGACAAACUUUGCAAUAUUCGGGUAAUGUACAUAUUAUGUUAGAAGUCAUAACAUUCGUUUCAAUAUUAAUUUAUUAGUUACACUUAGGUUUUCUAAGGAUCCUUAAGUUUCGAAGUAAACAUGUUUUAUCAAGAUCUAUUUAUAUAAACCAAAAGUAGUGUGCAAAACUCAAUUCUGCUUAAUGCCAUUCCACUAGAUCAACAGUUUCUUUGAUUCUGCGGUUAUCUUGUAUGGCUUCAUAUCACGAAUGUUCAAUUCUACAAUGAUCGUCGUCAUCAACUCAUUCGGCUCACUGCUGAGCUCGAGUCUCCUCUCAGAAUGAGAGGGGUUAGGCCAAUAGUCCACCACGCUGGCCCAAUGCGGAUUGGUAGACUUCACACACGCAGAGAAUUAAGAUAAUUCUCUGGUAUGCAGGUUUCCUCACGAUGUUUUCCUUCACCGAUUGAGACACGUGAUAUUUAAUUUCUUAAAAUCCGGAAUCGGAGGCAGAGGUCAUAUCCACUGGGCUACCACGGCUCUUCUCUCUACAAUGAUAGAUUUGAAAUACAUAUUUAGUUUUGAAAACACAUUUUAUGUAAUCGGUCGUAUUCAUUGCCAUUAACAUCACUUUGAUUGUGAUUAUAGAAUCAAAACUUAACAACGAAAAUUGAAGCGCUCAAACCUGAUUUGGAGCAAAGUAGAAUGGGGCUUAGAUUUUAGAACCCAGCAUGACUGUGCCCAGUAGUGGAUUAUUCGAUAGUGAUAUUGAUCGAUUUCCAUUUUAAUGAUAAUAGAUAUUCAAGA